GGACUAGAUGCGAUUCGCGUUAACUGCUGACGUUGUUCGCUGUAUACAGUAGUUACACUUGUUACCUCUCUGCAUACUGUGAGCAUUACACAUGUAUAUCCUGUGCUUUGGUCUGUUCGACUGAACUGUGAUAGCAGAUAGGCAACACCGUGUCCCCAUCCUGGUUCCCACCCUUAUACCAAUUCCCUUUUUGAAAUGCUACUGUAAGGAACUUGACAUACCGCCCGUCAGCGGGCGGGCGGGACGCAUGUGACACAUAGAGACAUAGUCAGAAGCCAAACACCAUGGAGUUAGAACUUUUCCGGCAGGACCUUAUCCAGACCAGCACAUGCGCUCCUGGAACGUUGGCGGUGCUGCCGCUGACGGAGGAGAAGAAGACACAGAAGGUCGCUGUGGGCGACCUCUCAGGCGUGAUGCAAUGCUUCUCCGUCAAAAAGGGCGAGUUCAGCGUUUCCUUCAAGACGCUACCAUCCUCAGCCAACAAGGUCACCAGUCUGGUCCUGGGCAGGGGAAAGGCGCAGCGCGAUAAGAUGUUCGUUGCAGCAGGCAAUCAGAUCAAGGGUGUGAACAAGAAGGGCAAGGAGUUCUUCCGCUUCAACACGCAGCUCACGGAGACCAUCCGCCGCAUCGACAUCUUCGAGAAGAACAUCUGGAGCGCGGGGGAGUACGUGCACAACCACUUCAUUGAGGGACGCGACAAGGCGCUCUACCUCUGCCCCGACCGCAUCAAUGACGCAGAGGUGCUUCCGCUGCCUGGCCCCGCCGAGCUCUGGCCCGUGCUGGCCUGCCAGGACCGCUACGUGCGCGUGCUGCGCGGCAGCGAGGUGCGCUACGAGGCGCCCACCCCCGCCGCGCCCGUCAGCCUCAAGUACGUGGUGGACGCGCAUGACCCGCAGCGCCGCUUCCCCAACGCCAAGGAGGUGCUGUACGGCACCGACACGGGCUCUCUUGUUCAGCUGCUGCUGGAGCCCGAGUCCGCGCGUCAGGGCUUCGUGCUGCCCAACCCCAAGAAGCAGGGCGCCAUCUCCGCCGUCUACAGCGGCAUCGACCUGACCAAGACCGGCAUGAACAACAUUGUGGUGGGGCGCGAGGACGGCGGGGUGGAGGUGCUGGAGGUGGAGGAGACGGGGCAGCUGCGAACGGUGUACAGUGUCAAGCUCACCGAGUCCAUUAAUAGCCUAGACGGCGGCUUCCUAACCGGGCUGCUGGCCCAGGAGUUUGUGAUGCACACCUUUUCGGGCAAGGUCAUCAGCUACGCGCCCCCGGGCGGCGGCCUGCUGGUGUCGAACCCCGAGGCGCCCCGCCCCGGCAUGCUGGGAGGCGCGCUGGGCGGCCGCCCGCGCGCCUCCGUGCAUGUGCCGGGCGCGGAGGAGGAGGAGCGGCGGGCCAGCUACAUGAAGCAGAUUGAGCGGCUGCGGUCGGAGAUCUCGGUGCUGAAGCAGGAGAUUGAUGCGGAGCGGACCAGGUUCACCCAGCGCGGCGGCGACACCGCGCUGCUGGCCAUGUCCGCCCCCUUCACCGUGCAGGACAAGUGCAAGCUGGAGCCCGACGAGGCCUGCUACGUGCUGACCAUCGAGUCCGCAGUGCCCAUCUUCACCGUCGCCAUCCAGAGCAACACGCAGCUGCAGAUGCUGGACGUGCCCUCCAACGUGGCCAUCCUGUCGCGCUCCCCCCCGGACGAGGCCAACGGCAACCUAACGCUGGCCACCUACAGGUGCCAGGACGCCACCAACCGCCUGGCCGUCAAGUUCAAGGUGCGCGAGGGCCGCUCCGCCUCGCUGUCCGCCUUCGUCAUCCCCGCCAUCUCGCCCAAGGCCUGCUGCGUGGUGCGGCACACCAUCCGCCCGCUGUGCCUGCACCAGCGCAUCACGCAGAUGGACACCAGCAGACCCACCAACGAGCUGCUCAUCACGGGCUCCUUCGCCAGCGGCGACGUGCACUCCUGGGUGACGGGCCUACUGCCCGACGUGCCGCCCACCCUGCCGCCGGGGCAGGACGGAGCCAGCUACGUCUUCCAAAACACGCUGCUGGGGACACAGCUGCUGUGCAGGUACCGUGCCGGCGAGGCGCGCUUCGUGUCCGACCUGGUUUCCACGCUGGGCAUCAUCCAUGAGCACGUCAUGCGCGAGGCCACGGCCGCCAAGCUGCGCGUUAGCGUCUCCUUCAACCCCUCCGCGCAGAGCCUGCAGCACAGCGUGGCACUGGUGUGGCCGCAGCUGGAGAAGCAGCGCACGCUGAAGAAGACCUACAACAUGCUGGAGGGGCUGCAGGAAAUCAAGAUGCAGGACGGCGACGUGUCGUACUUGACAGACGAGUACCGCACCAUUCUGGAGCGAGCCGACAAGAUCCGCCAGGAGUACAAGGAGCAGCCUCAGCACCUGGACCACCUGGUGGCACUCAUCAAGGACCUGUACCUGGACUUCUGCAAGCUGUCGGGCGUGUCCACCCCCAAGCAGCGCCUGCCCGCGCUGGAGCAGCUGCUGCACGACACCUCCUCCACCCUGGACCAGCUCAUGGAGUUCCUGCUGGGGCAGCGGUGAAGCGAUGAAGGGAGGGAGGAGGAGGAGGGAGCAGGGGGGGGGAUAGGGCAGCAGGGAUUGGGAAGAGGAGGGGUGAGAUGCGUUUGCAUGGAAGGAGGAGCAUAUUGGCGGAAGGAGAAGACGUUUGGGUGACGGUGAAUUUUGCACUUAUGAUGACGUGGGCACCGCUUGGCCCGUACAACUUAAAACACGGUUGACAAGCGCAUUGACUAAGAAUCAGUACUUUUGCCCAUGACGUUGGCCGGCCCCGAGGAGAGCCCAGUAAAUCCUAGGCCUUGUAACCAAAUAUAGGAGUG